AGGUGAGGUCCGCUGUACGCGCUCACCUUUCCGGGGGCUGGGUACGGAAGGAGCUCUGGAGGAUUCCUCGAAGGAAAGAAUUUGUGGAGUUUAGACUCGCCGUGAGUGCAGACAUUGAGCUUUCAGCCAAGGUCUGGAGACUGAGAGAGGCAGCCAGCCAGGCACAGUUGACAUCUGUCAGAAUGGGACUUGAAGAUGACACCUGCAAGGGAUGAGGACCUGGGCCCAAGGCUUCACAGAGCCUGACCUGCCCUGGGAAGAGCACACAGUUGUCUCUCCCAGACUGCCCCAGACCCAUUGACUAUGGCCGAGAGAGAGGAAGAUGCUGAGGAAGCCUGGCUGCAGCUGCGGCCUGUGGAGCCCUUGCCGUCCCAGUGCUGUGGCAGUGGCUGCUCACCCUGUGUGUUUGACCUCUACCACCGAGAUCUGGCAAGGUGGGAGACAGCCCGUGCUAGUAAUGACAGAAGCCUGCUGAGUGGGAAACAGUCACAGAACUGCCCCUCCAAACUGAACCCAGAGAACUUCGUGGCCUUCCGCAUCAGCGCUGUGAACAAACUCACUAAUGACACCUACUGUGUCCGGUUUGCUCUGCCUGGGAACAGCCAGCUCAGCCUGCGGCCCGGGCAGCACCUUGUCCUACGAGGGAUAGUGGAAGACUUAGAAAUCCAGAGAGCCUAUACUCCCAUCAGCCCUGCCAAUGCAGAAGGAUACUUUGAAGUUCUAAUUAAGUGCUACCAGAUGGGGCUGAUGUCCCAGUAUAUCAAGUCCUGGAGAGCUGGAGACACAGCUUUCUGGCGAGGACCUUUCGGAGACUUCUUCUAUAAACCAAACCAGUAUGGUGAGCUCCUCAUGCUGGCUGCAGGCACGGGCCUGGCCCCCAUGGUGCCCAUCCUACAAAGUAUCACAGACAACGCAGAUGAUGAGACCUUUGUCACCCUUGUCUGCUGCUUCAAGACCUUUGACAGCAUCUACCUGAAAACAUUUCUGCAGGAGCAGGCCCGUUUCUGGAACGUCCGCAUCUUCUUCGUGCUUAGCCAGAUGAACAAACUAAACUUCUAAGACAUGAAGCAAUCCUUCAAGGUCAUAUAGAGGGAUGUAAACUCUACCAUGUUAUAAGUGUUAUAAGGCUCAUACAUAAUACAUGAGUGCUCCUGGAAAUACAUAUAAAGAUUUGUGUAUUACUGUGCUAUUUGAAAUAGCAAAAACUAAAACCUAUCUAUAUAUCCAUGAAAAAAAAAGUAACUUUUGUUUUUAUGGUGCUGAGGAUGGAAGCCAGGGCUUUUGCAUGCUGGGCAGAUGCUGUAUCACUGAGCUAUGCCUCGAUACAUAGGCUCAGUAAAAAGAAUAGAGGGACAAUUCCUUGUGUGUAUGUGCAUGCAUGUGUGUGUCAGUGUAUUCACACUCAUGGCAUGCUAGGGACUGACCCUGGAGCUUUAUGCAUGUGAAGCACACUUCACCACUGAGCUGUCCCUCCCUAGCCCCAGCAGCCGGGUACCCAUCCAGGGGAGCACCAGCCAGCAGGUAAAAAGAAUUCAGUGUAUCUCCAUGUGCUGACGUGGACCACGUGAUAUUCGUAUCACAAAGUGCCUCAUGAGCAGGCGUCGUGAGUACCUGUGUAUGGAGGUUGUAUAGCUCCAGAAUAAUUCUACCAAGAAGGAGAUAUGUCAGAUGCCAGUAAGGAUGACCCCACGAGGUGGGUAGAAGUUCUGGGCCUGGGAGAGGGCUUUUGGCUGUAUCUGCACCUGUAGUUUAUGAU